UUGACCAAUCAAAUUUUCAUAAGACUUGGACCACUAGGAGACGACGACGGAGAAUUGGACCACCACCAUCACCACCACUACCUUCUCUCUCUCGAAACUGUGCACCUCCGCUUCUUACUUCCUUGGACUGCUACGAGCACAGCAUUCGAAACCCCUCCUGCUUCCCGUCUUCAAGGUUUGACUUCCUCAUGCCCCCUUACGCGAUCCAAGAAACUGUGCACCUCCGCUUCUUACUCCCCGCCCGUCACAGGACAUCUCAAAACGAGGUCCACAGAGCUCGAUCAUCUCCGCUCGCUGCCUCGAGAGCAAAAAAAAGAAUCUAUCUUUACAUUGGAACCGCUCCAAUAUUUGGCAUUUUUUCACCUUUGCCGAUCUCGAAAUGAACUCCUUUUCUAAACCCUAUUGUGUAUAUCCGAAGGAGAAACCCUCGCCUGACUUUGUCACAGAAGAAGUAGGAGGCAUCUAAAGCAGAGAGAGAGGCAACUCACCCGUGGUCGAAGCGGGAGAAGGGAAGGAGGGGGCCGAGAAUGGAGCGAUCCGGCAGCGCGGGGUCGGCGGUGGUGGCGAUCGAGUGCGUUGCCGGGAGCAGCAGGGCAGACGAGUGGGGCGGCUGCAACGGGGAGGAGGCGGCGCCGUUGCGCAUGGGGGACAUCCUCGAGGAAAUCACCUUCGGAGGGUCGCCGCCCGCCCGGGCACCGUUCAAAGGCGGGCGGGAAGCCGUCAUGAAGCUCCUUCACGCCGCAUUCCAGCGAGGCCACUCUUCUGUCCUCGUGCGGGCCCGCCAUGGCGAGCGCUCCGCCGCGCCGUACCUCGAGCUCCACGCCUGCAUCGUCCCCCACCCGCCAGCCCGCCCGCGGGCCGCCGGCAGUUCCUCCUCCUCUCCAUCCGCGACCCUAACUACGCCAUCAUCGCCCUCGUCGACCGAUCCGAGUCCGAGUGCAUCGCAUCACAAGCUAACCGUCAUGAAGCUCCUUCCCGCACCGUGAACACGGGAGCACCGACCGACCUUUCGGACUCGGCGAACACUAGUCUGUGUGAGGUCGAGGACUACCAUCUCGUUUAUAGGGUUUCAUCGACAUAUCGUCUGUAACGGACGACGACAGCGGCGAGGGCGUCGAAGAUCCUCGUCAUCUCACGGGUCGGGAACGAGAAGGUGCUUCCCUGGAUAGUCUCGACAUCGGGCGCCAUCCGCUGCUUCGACACCAUCUCCCUCAGCCAUAAGCUCUCGCUGCACCGGCACGCACUGAAACCCAUUCUGCUUCACUUGCUCAUGUGGGACGCGUCUGCGUCCGCGGUUCCAGGAGUGGUCGAGCAGCACGAGUCCCCUGCUCUGGCGCAACCCAGAGUCUUCGUGCCGCGACCUUGCUUGCUGGAGGUCCGACGGCGCCGCCACAACAUUUCAUGUCGAGGCAUCCGUCGGAAGAGGAGGCUGUGACGCCGCCAGUGCCGUCGCUAGCACCACCAUUGCCAGCAGGCGAGGUUUCCCCCGACGACAUUAUCGGCAGGUACAUGGUAGUAGAUGUGUCGUUGAGAUUCCGCUACUCGAACGCGAGCAGCGACUGAUUCUUGUG